CUUUGUGCUGCUUGCUUGCUUAGCCCCGUGUGUUCUUUUUCGCGCUCUAAUGAUCCAUUAUCUCCAUUAUAUCGGUGAGUUUUGGUCCUCGAGCGCCGCAAAACUAUUUGAGUGGCUCUCGGAAACUCUGUUUCUGAAGAAUCUUCUUGGUGGAGGAAGAAGAACAAUGGCGUUGACGAAAGUAGAAGGAUUCGUUAUGAAGUCUAAGCGAGACGGCGAGGAAGAUGAGUUAGGGUUAGGUUUAGGAACAGUGAGGAUUUUGAUGUCGAGCAGAGUCCGCAAAUCUCUGUCCAGAUCGGCCGUUGAGAUUCCGGCAACUGAAUCGCCGCCGGUGAAGGUGAAGAGACAAAGAAGCCUCACAACAAUUGCUGAGGAAUCUCCCCUCGAAUCUCUGCCUCAAGAACUCCUGAUUCGAGUGAUUUCUGGUGUUGAUCAUGAGGAUCUCAACAGUCUAAAUAUUGUAUCUAAAUCAAUCAGAGAAGCUAGUUUGAUAGCAAAAAGUUUACAUUUUGCGUACACCACACCCAAAAAGACUCGACAAGCUUUUCGAAACCAAAUAGAUCUCGACGACCAUCAAGUGGAAGACAUUGAGCCUCCUAAUGCACCGAUUCACUAUCGUUGGACCAAAGCCAAGAGCAAUGAACGAGAAUCUAAGGUUCCUGUCGCAUUGUUUACUUGAAAAUGAUGACAUUCACUUUGUCUACUGUUAAAUUCUCUUUGACGGUUAUGAUAGUUUUUAAGAUUAGUAUGCAUUUUGGUUCAGAAGCUUUUUAGGUUUUUGAGAUUAGUUUUUGACCAAAUUUAUUUAUUUCAUUUGCAUACAUCGGAACUGAAAUGUAUUUUUUAUAUAUAUGUAUCAGUCUUUUGGAUUAUUAGUCAGAGACAGAGUAUCCAAGGUUCUGUUUUUUGUU